GGCGGGACAGCGGGAAGCGGGAGGAGCUGCUUUGGGGUGUUGUGGAAUCGUGAAGCUCGGAAGUGGGAGUUGUCAGGCCGAUUUGUUGUCGCUGUGUUCGUGUUUGCCACCGACAGCAGCGCCGGACAGCCGCAGCGAUGCCCGGGAUAGAGAAGUUGCCCCUGGAGGAGGCGCUGGAGGACAGCCCGCAGACUCGUUCACUGCUGGGAGUGUUUGAGGAGGAUACAGCAGCCAUCUCCAACUACUGCACUCAGCUGUAUCAGGCCAUGCAGAGGAUUUAUGACGCACAGAAUGAACUGAGCGCUGCCACACACCUGACGUCCAGACUGCUGAAGGAGUACGACAAGCAGAGAUUUCCUCUGGGGGGCGACGAUGAGGUGAUGAGUUCGACUUUGCAGCAGUUUGCAAAAGUCAUCGAUGAGCUGAGCUCCUGUCACGCCGUCCUGUCCACCCAGCUCGCGGACGCCAUGAUGUUUCCCAUCACUCAGUUUAAGGAGCGAGACCUUAAAGAGCUCCUCACCUUAAAAGAAGUCUUCCAGAUCUCCAGUGAUGAUCACGACACCGCCAUCAACCGGUACAGCCGUCUGUCCAAGAGGAGAGACAACGACAAGGUGCGGGCGGAGGCGGUGGAGGACGUCUACACGUCGCGGAAGAAGCAGCACCAGACCAUGAUGCACUACUUCUGCUCCCUGAACACGCUGCAGUACAAGAAGAAGACGGCUCUGCUGGAGCCGCUCCUCGGCUACAUGCAAGCUCAGAUCAGUUUUUUCAAGCUGGGCUCCGAAAACCUCAGCCAGCAGUGGGAGGACUUUCUGGGAACCAUAGGAACCAGCGUCCAGAACGUGCGGCGGGAAAUGGAGGAGGAGGUGGGGCAGAUGCAGCAGACCAUUCAGCAGAUGGAGCGAUCAUGUGACCCCCUGUAUGCGCCCUGUGACCCAGACCCCGCCCACUCACCCGUUUGCCGAAACCUGACCAGGAAGCAGGGCUACCUGUACAUCCGCAAUAAAACGGGCCUGGUGUCGUCGUCCUGGGAGCGUCAGUACUUCUUCACGCAGGGCGGUAACCUCAUGCAGCAGGGCCGGGCUGAGGUGGCGGGCGGGUUGGUCACCGAUCUGGACAACUGCUCCGUCAUGGCCGUCGACAGCGACGACCGCCGCUUCUGCUUCCAAGUCACGUCGUUUGACGGCAAAAAAGUGGUGACGCUGCAGGCGGAGAGCAGGAGGGACUGCGAGGAGUGGGUCGCCACCAUCAACAACAUCUCCAAGAGGAUCUACCUCAGCGAAAACGCAGAGGAGGUGGCGGCCAGAGUGAACCAAACGGCCCUGGAGGCGGUGACGCCGUCCCCGUCUUUCCAGCAGAGACACGAGAGCAUGCGGCCCAGCAGUAAAGGGCGCUCAGGCCGGGCGAGCAGCAUCAGCUCGGUGGGCUCCGAGCCCUCGCCCGCUCUCUCCGCCCUCUCCUUCGAUGCUCUGGUUGCCCCGGAAACGCCCAUCCAGUUCGACAUCAUUUCUCCCGUCAGUGAGGAGAACUCGGGACAGAACAAAGCAGCGGCGCAGGCGGGCAGGCGGAGCAAUCCCUUUGGAGAGUCUGGACAGGACGCCCCAGAGGAUCCUGAAGACUCCAUCCUUCAUCAGCUCUUCAUCGUUCGCUUCCUGGGCUCCAUGGAGGUGAGGGCAGCCGAGUCGGCAGACGUCAUCUCUGAGACCAUGAGGCAGAUCCUGGCGGCCAGAGCCAUCCACAACAUCUUCAGGAUGACCGAGUCGCACCUGCUGGUGACCUGCGACUGCCUGAAGCUCAUCGAUCCUCAGACACAAGUCACUCGCCUCAGGUUCCCUCUGUGCAGCGUGGUCCAGUCUUCCUCCCAUCAGGACAACAAGAGGCUGUUCGGCUUCGUUCUGCAGACGGCGGGGGGCCGGGAGGACAGCCGAGCGGUCUGCUACAUCUUUGAGUCCAACAAUGACGGCGAGAAGAUCUGCGACAGCAUCGGUCUGGCCAAGCAGAUCGCCUUCCACUCGGAGAUUGACCGCAGGGCGCUGGAGAAGAGGAAGGAGCAGGACAAGGCCAAGGAGAAGCAGGCGGAGGAGCUCAGCAAGCAGAAGCAGAUCGAGAAGGACUUGGAGGAGCAGAGCCGCCUGAUCGCCGCGUCCAGCCGUCCCGCCAACCCGCCCGCCGCCGACGGACAGUUCCUCCUGCUCAGCAGCAGCCAAUCAGAGGACAGCGACGUGGGGGAGGAGGGGAAGAAGCGGGGUGAGUCGGAGGCCUGAAACACUGGCAUGCUGCUGACUCCCGGUGGGGGCUCGGCGGGGGCUGAGACUGCAGCUCAGGAACACCCCCCCCCCCCCCCCCCAACGCUGCUCCCACUGGGCCUGAAGAACCUGAAGAUGCAGGAACAAAGUGACAUCUUUUAUUAGGGGGGGGUGCGUUUUUAUGGGGCUCUAAUGGGGAGGGGGGGGGCUGACUUUGUUUAUAAGAAACAAAAAUGAAGAAAUGAGCUACGUGUGACGCCAUCGACACCUGACAACAGGAUGUGACACGCCCACCGGGGGGGGGGGGGUGCUGCUGGGACUUGAAGACGCCUCCCUCCACCUCAUCCUUCCCAAAAUCGCCUUUUAUUUGCAAAAAACACAAACCGGAGCGACAAGUCCCGCCUCCGGGUGUGAAACCCAGCAAACGUAUCGCCGUGAUGUCAUCAAGACGGAUGAAAAAGGAUCAAAUGAUGUGUAGCUGACCCACAUACAGCACGCUGCCCCAAACAGAACCAUGGGGCGGAGCCAAACGGCAGCAGAGACUUCAGAUGAGUAUUGGGGAGUCUCUGAUGACACUUUGGGCUCGUCGUUUUAAAAUAAACUGAAAGUUUUUCUGCUCACUAAAGACUAAACGUUUGGGAGAAAAGUGCAGAUGUUCCUCCCCCAGAAAUCUGGAUUUGACCUCCUGAAGAGCACAAGAGAUUUUUUAAACCCCCACAACCCCCUCGCCGUGUGUGAAGUCAUGAGGCGUUCAAAGACCUCCUCUGGGGGUCUCACCGGUUUUUAGCCGCUUUGCCAAAAAUCGUUUGUUUCGUGGCCUUUUCUGGUUUUCUUUUCUUUAAUGGUGAUCAGCAUCUUUUUUUCCUGGGGAGGGAUGAGGCUUCCACUGAUGGACACACAUGGUUCUGAAGGGGCAGAGCGGCACUUGAAAGCCCCCCCAGGACUGAGGAGGAGCUGUAAAUAUGACUGUUGUGAUUGAAUAAAGCACUAACUGGUC